AUGCCAGCGAUGACGGUAGUUGAAGUCUCUGUCCACCUCAAUACAAUCCCUUUGGACUGUAUCAUCCCAACCGCAAAGACACGACUCUCCUUCCUCCCCAACCCGCAUCCAGUCGCCCCAAAACCUGAAGUCACCACCGACAAGCACCUCGACACCCCGGCACUAUGUCCCCCCUUAAUCUGCCUACGGGCAGAGGAAAUUAUGAAUAUCGUGGAGCGCUACGGCUCCCACGAGCGCACAACCGCUGCCGGAGAAUGGCUGGGCCGGUCAUCGUUCACGCCGUGCGUGCAGACACAUGUUGCAGCCAACCGGGCGAUUCCCAUGGUUCUGCCUGCUUUUCCGAUGAAGAGUAAUAAUCGCAUGGACAAGGUACUAGGUCCUCUUCCGGAUUUAGGGGAUGAGCUUGGGUUGGCGCGGUUGGUGAAUCUUUGUCGGGAUAUCAAGGCUAUUUACCCGCCUGGUGCGGUUGUGGUCAUUGUUACAGAUGGCAUUUGUUACAAUGAUCUUACCGGGAUUUCUGAUGAGGAGGUCUGGGAAUAUGGGAAUCGACUGCGGAAAAUCGCUGUGGAGAAGGGAUAUGCUUGUAUUCGGUUCCAUCGGAUCAUGAACAUGCUUGGUCUUUAUCCUAAUGCCCAGAUUUCCAAAUCGGAUUAUGUGCAGCUUUGUGAUGCAUCGAGGUUUGAACUGCAUCGACGGUGUGGACGGCCAGGAUUUGAUGUCGAUCAGUUUUUGAAAAACGAUGAGGAUUAUCUGAGGACUUAUAAUGGAUACGACAAGUUCAUGAAAGCGGAUCUAAAAUUCAGCCCCGUGACCAAGGACUGUACUGGUCCCAGCCAAUUUAAAAAGAGGAUCAAGAGGAUUGCAAAAUCAAUGAUUAUCCGCGGGGUGGUAGGUCAAUUUGAGUGCCAUCUAACAGCGACGUGA